ACACAUUGUACAGGAUAGAGAAAGAAAUAUGGCCACGAAAAAUCGUUGGAAGUUAGAAUUUACUUUGCGAGCGGUUUUGUUAAUUGUAACAGGGUCAACAAGACAUUCUAAUUCCUAAAAAUGGGUGUGUCAAGUUAUUUGAUUUAUGAAACCUGAUAGUGCAUGUGUAUCUUGAAUUAUUACAUGUAAUAUUCUGGUAAUGAAAUGCGCUAGAGUUUCUAAACGACGAGUUCGAUGAUAGGAGGGGACAGGACGUAAACACUGUGCGAUGUGAAAGAAAGUAAGAUUUAAUAGAAUUUCGAAUUAUUUUGCGUACUAAAUUUUUGUUACUUUCCGUACGAUUAUUGACGAGACCAAUUAUUGUAAAAAAUAAUGGAAACCUCUCAGCCGUUGUAUCUUAACCUCUUCAGCGAAGAUAAGGUUCAUGUUUUAAAGGAGUUGUUGCAUGCAUGCGUGGAUGAAAUAUGUGGUAGAUCAGGCCCAUCCUAUCACCGAUUUGCAAGUAGCAUAGAUUGGAGCAGAGAAGAGUACGAUGAGACUUACAAAUUAAUAUCGUCUCUGUUACACAAUCCUGCUUGUCUGUAUCUAUCGGAAGAGAAGAUGCCUCAAGAAUACCAUGAACUACCCGAGCACAUUCAGCAAAGCAUACUAACUUGUUUGAGAGUGAGAAGGGAGCAGCUAACGGAUGCUUUAUUAAAGGAAUAUUCCAAAGAAAAAUAUGAAACAUUGAUAGAUUUUGAUUGGAAAUUAAAGCUCAUAAUGGGAUCCAGUAAGUUGGCUUCUUUGAGGGAACCUCUUCUUCAGCUGGAUCUUAUAGUUGAAAAUAAGGGAGGACGACGUGUUUUGGGAUUGGAAUUGAAUAAAGAUGAACUGGAGACUUUCAUAAGCACCAUAGAGUCGACAGUGAAAUGAUUCUACUGUACAGAAAAAACAAAAUAUUGUUAAAUAAGUUAAUAAAGGGUUUUCAAGACAAAAAUGAAUAUA